GCAGUCGUUGUGGUGUCAUAUUUACCUUCAGUUAUGAUUUAUUGACGUGAUUUUGGGAUACGAAAAAAAACUCCAAAAUCUCAGAUAAGCUUUCCAAAUUAUUAGAGAAUGUAUUCAUAUUAUUAUCUGGUGGUGAUGCUCUUUCAUCUGAGCUGGAUGAUUAGUGCCGAAACCGAGGAUGACUUCCAAACGAGUACACUCCCCCCAGCAGAUUCUUAUCCCUACUGUUUCCGGUUCACAUGGCUCGGGCCGAAGUACAACAAAGACAGUCCGUUCAAGAAUGUUACCUGCGAAAAUUUGCUGAAGAAGGCAACCGGAAUACCGUGUUUCCAUCCGCUGGUGGUUACGAAUAAUAGCAACGUUCCGGACACGGAAUACAUGUGGAACGAGUACAAGGACAAACCGACCCAAAUCGGAUGUCGAUUGGUUCGCGGGGAAGUCUGUGCCAGAUUUACCUAUCGAUACAACGGGGCAAGAGCCAGCUCGUCCAGGGCCACAGAGGGCGGCUUUCAUCAUAUCUCAUUCCACUUAGGCAUCUUCUAUCGUGAUACGCACCAUCAAAUGAAUAAACACCAUCUUUCUAUCAUUAUCACUCGGUUAUGGACAUUAGUGGAGUGAACAAACAAUACCUUACAACAAGACAAAGCGGCCCUUUGCAGGGCCACCAAAUCACUAUUGAAGAGUUUAACAAUGUAACUCUUCAAACAUAUCCAAAAUCAGCAUGUAACAGAUUACCUAACGGAAUCUUACGUCAACUAUGCGGUCGUGUCUCGGACACAACUCUCCUGUGACUUUUUCAAAUUAAGCCAACAAUAACUGUUUCUAACACACUAUUUCGGCACGACUCAUAUUUUUGAGAUAUAAAUUAUCAAAGAUUUCUCUUACUCAAAUCGAUACGCCCUUUUCAAAAGUUACGCUUGAGUCAAAAAAUGAACCAUGAUGAUGUAUUUGGAAAAGUUGUUGGAAAUUAGAAGCAUAAAUCAUAAAAUUUCAUGAACAUAACGGUAUAACACGAAAAACAUAUUAAAAGGGAUUAUUUACUAUAAAAAAGACAAUAAAUGAGAAAUAUUUUUUUAAAUAUUUCGAGAAUGGCUACAUUUAGAAGGAGAUUGAUAAUAACCUUUUUUGUUUUAGAUCACAUCAGGAUUCAUAAUUUGUGCCUAAAAAUUAUUGUUACAUACAAAAAUUCGAUGUUUCGAAAAUUCCUAAAAAUUCGAUGUUCCACAAAGUUCGUCAGAAAUAGUUGUACCA